UUGUGCAGACGCAAUUUUCGUAUCUUAUUCGUACGGUCGUUUGGGUGGAUCGCUUAGCUUCUUGAUAUCUUGGUCGCGGCUGAGACUAGUGAGUUGUGAGAUUGAUUUGGUGAUCGGAACAGGUAGCUAAUAACUAGUGCUUGACAAGUGUUAGGAAUUGUUGGAUUAGAUACAUUGUUAGAAGAAAACCUAGAUUCAGGUUCGAGUGGCAUCAAGUGCUUGAACAAGUGCUUCAGAUAUGGGGUCCGAGACCCGAAUUCUCGGCGGAAGUCUCCUCGUAGUCGCAGUACUUUCAACACUCAUCAUCGGAAUACAGUCUACCAGAUCACAGCACCACCGUGAUGUUGAUUUAGUGUUUGACGAUAUCUCGUCGCCACUGUCCAAUAAGGCUAUCGGUGAAGAGCGCCAAUCGCACUCCUCAGGUAGCAAACGCAGCACCACUAACAACAACGUCGAGGAGGAUAGUCUCUUCGACCUGGGCGGCUUUGAUAACAACAAUGUUGCGAUCGCCGAUGACGAUACAGAAGACGAUGACAGCGAUGACGAUGACGACGUCGAAGAGGCUGGGAAGGAAGUGGCGGCGCCAGAAGCUGAAAGUCAGAAUUGGCUGGUGCGAAGUGUACACAGAAUCAAGCGUAGCAUUGAUAAUCUAUUAAGUGGGCCUGAAAAGAGCGUCAAACCAGCAAAGAAGAACAAGCAGAAGAAGAAUCCUAAGAAACCACUUAAUGGUAGUAAAAAGGAACGCAGCGGAGAUUUAAAUGCAAGCAAGAAGAGUGACAAGAAGAGCCAGAAAAGUGAGAAACGAAAAAGUGAAAAUCUGAGAAAAUCGGCCCGUUCCGAAAAGAACAAAAGGUGGCAAGGUGAUGAAGCACUUCGACCGAAGAGACAGUUCGACGAAUCUGCGUAUGAUGAUGAAGACAGAAUGUCUGGCUCAGGCGGCAUGCCGGACGGGCUUGGAUUCGAUCAUGCAUAUAAACUGACCUUGACGGUUUUUGAGGCCUAUGACCCAGAGUUUGAGAAUAAGGAAAGCAAUCAAUUCAAACAGGUGGCGCGAGGUGUUGCCGGAAAGCUACAUGCCCUUCUAAGUGAUAUCGACUUCACUGCCAACUUUGUAAUCACUGUCCAGGAGCUAGAACCGAACCCAGACGAUGAGCGCGAAACGUUCGUAACGUUCGAGAUUAACGUGGAUAAGAGUUUGAGUAGAUCUACAAUUGAUAGUCAUCUCCGCACAGUUAUCGAACAGGGCUACGAGAAUUUCGAUUUGAAAGGAUACGGUCUUACGUCCGAAGGUAAAUUUCGCUAA